AUGCAACCAAGACAAAGGACAUCCUCCUUGGAUGUCUUGUGGGACACGGUGGCUAUGAGUGAGGCUGGGGCACACACAAGUAUAAGUCAUCAGCACCUCUGGCUGGAGAUGUUGAUCAUUCUUUCAACAUGGCCCUUGAAUGGGCAUGCUCAACACACCAGCCUCCCAGAAGUAGUGAUACCCUUACGGGUCACAAGCAACAGAACAAUGUGGGCUAUGGGAUGGCUGACCUAUAGCCUGCACUUUGGGGGCCAGAGGCAUGUUAUCUACAUGAAAGCCAACAAGUUUUUCAUGUCUAGACACCUCUCUGUGUUCACCUACACUGACCAAGGUUCUCUACACAAGGAGCAGCCUUUUGUCCAGAAAGAUUGCUACUACCAUGGCUAUAUGGAUGGAGACCCAGAAUCCAUGGUUGUUCUUACUACAUGUUUUGGAGGCAUUCAAGGAACAUUACAGGUAAAUGGAACAGUGUAUGAAAUUAAGCCCAAGAACCUUUCUUCCACAUUUGAACAUUUGGUUCAUAAGAUAGACAAUGAGGAGACAAAAUUACUCCCCAUGAGAUGCGCAUUAACAGAAGAGGAGAUAGCCCUGCAAAUGAAGCUUCAAGAGACUGAUAACCACACACUGAUGCAAAGCAGCUAUGAGGGCUGGUGGGCCCACAAGCGUUUUCUUAACCUGGUAUUGGUCGUAGACCAUGAGCGAAUUCGUUAUCUGAAUAGCAAUCUGUCACAUGUGUUACGGGAAAUAUUGAUCAUUGUGCAUGCAAUCCAUGAGAUUUUUCUUACACUGGAUGUUGAAGUAGUUCUAUUUGGAGUUGAGAUGUGGAAUGCAGGAAACCAAGUGAAAGUGACUACCAUAGAUCACCUCCUGAGGGAUUUUUGCUAUUGGAAGUGGAUCAGCCUUAAUAAUCGUAUUCAAAAUGAUAUUGCACAUCUUUUUGUGAAACAUGAUUUUGGUUCAAAAAAUGGCUUAGCUGAUGUCGGAUCUGUUUGUGUGCAAUCUAAGAAUUGUGGAGUUGAUCGUCUUGAAGGCUCUGAACUUCAUCAUUUUGGACAACUUACAGCACAUGGGAUUGGUCAUAAUUUGGGUCUGAAGCAUGAUGAGCACACAUGUAAAUGUGGAUAUUAUGCAUGCAUAAUGGCUCAAGCAGGCAUUGGAAAAGAUUCAUGUUGUAGGAAUGAUUGUACCUUCAAAUAUGGAUCUGCCUGUGCUUUUGGGCUUUGCUGCAAAGAUUGCAAGAUCAUGCCAUUAGGCACAAUGUGCAGAGAACCGGCCAAUGAAUGUGACCUUCCAGAAUGGUGUGAUGGACAUUCACAUGAGUGCCCUAAUGAUGUUUAUUUGCUUGAUGGGAGCUCCUGUAAAGAUGGUGGCUAUUGCUAUGAAAAGAGAUGUAAUAGCCGAGAUGAACAGUGCCAGCAAAUCUUUGGCAAAGAAGCCAGGAGUGCAGCUCAGAGUUGCUACAGGGAAAUCAACACCCAAGGAGACCGUUUUGGCAACUGUGGUAUAUUCAGAAGUACAUACCUAAGAUGUAAGGACUCAGACAUCCUCUGUGGGAGAGUUCAGUGUGAGAAUGUAAAAGUUAUUCCUACUUUGGAAGGACAUUCCACUGUCCACUGGAUUCACCUCAAUGGUGUCACCUGUUGGGGAACUGACUACCAUUUUGGGAUGACAAUACCUGACAUUGGCCAUGUGAAAGAUGGCACAGACUGUGGUCCAGAGCAUGUGUGCAUUGAUAGGAAGUGUGUCAAUAAGUCAGUUUGGGUAAGUGAUUGUUCACCAAAGACAUGCAACAGCAACGGAGUCUGCAACAACUUACACCACUGCCACUGCAACUUGGGAUGGGACCCACCAGAGUGCUUUACAAAUGGUAGUGGAGGAAGUAUUGACAGUGGCCCUCCAUCCCCAGCUCCAAAACAAAGGCAACCCACGAGAAAGGAUUCACCUAAUUAUUAUAUGAACAGUCUGAUUUUGCUUGCUAUUUUCCCAUGCUUUGUGUACGCUUGUUUUCACAAUAGGUAUGUGACGUCUUCUAGGGAGGAGGAACCUGCUGUUUCCACUUCAGAAGCAGAAGAAGAGUCCAGUGAUGUCAGCUCUGCUAGCAAAAUCUCGUAA